AUGAAGUCGGUCUUCGGCUUCGACAGUUUCCGCCUUUGUCAGGAAGGCAUCUGUAAUGCUAGCAUGGAUGGUCGUGAUGUUGUAGGGAUUAUGCCUACUGGGGGCGGCAAGUCCCUAGGAUACCAGCUGCCGGCACUCAUGGUGUCCGGGUGCACGUUGGUGAUUUCUCCUCUACUUGCUUUGAUAAGAGACCAAAUCAUGCACCUGAACGAAGCAGGCGUGGAUGCGGUCAUGUUAACCAGUGCCACCUCGCAAGCGGAGCAAAACAAUAUCUAUUCCCGGCUACGAGAAAUGGCUUCAGGCGCGUCGCACGCGCCGGAAAUCAAGUUAUGCUAUGUGACACCAGAAAAGAUCGCAAAAAGCAAGACUUUCACAUCUGCGCUUGAAAAGCUUUACAGAGUAAACAAGCUAGCUCGUUUUGUGAUAGACGAGGCGCACUGUGUCUCUCAGCAGGGACAUGACUUUCGACCAGACUAUCAACGACUCUCCUCACUCCGACAACUCUUCCCGUCGGUCCCCAUCUUGGCAUUAUCAGCCACAUGUCCACCAAUUGUGUUGAGGGAUCUCCUCAAAACACUGCAGAUGGGAGCACCAAUCAUCGGGACAGCUGCGACGACGAAAGGCACGGUCCUCUUUUCGGCGCCGUUGUACCGGAAGAACCUUCACUACAGCGUGCUACCAAAACCCUCUAGUGCACAGAGUAGCAUACGCGCCAUGUGCGACUACAUCCUCGAACACCACCCCAAAGACACGGGCAUUGUAUACUGCCUGAGCAAGAAGGACGCCGAGCACGUCGCAGAGGCUCUAUCGGAAGAGAGCGGUCGCAAGAUUCUGACGGGCGUGUACCACGCAGACGUUGCGGAUUCCGUCAAGGAAUCACUCCACAAGAAGUGGCGGAGUGGGCAAGUCAAGGUUGUUUGCGCGACCAUUGCGUUUGGGUUGGGCAUUGACAAGGGUGACGUGCGAUACGUCCUGCAUCACACGGUUCGUAAAUCAUUAGAUGGAUUCUACCAGGAGUCCGGGCGCGCUGGGCGCGACGGGAAAGAUGCUGACUGUGUUUUGUACUACCGUCCUCAAGACGCUACGCGCAUUGGUUCUUUAACCUGCGGCGACCACAACGGCGAAGAGAAAGUCCUUUCCAUGCUCAAAUUCGCUUGUGAUCUAGAAGAGUGCCGCAAAAUCCAGUUCGCGCGCUACUUCUCCGAGUCCUCCAACCUCUCGCUUCACUCAUGGGGCACCGCCGAAGAGGACGCGCUCGCGCGGUGCGGCCACUGUGACAACUGCACCCGCCCGCCCGAGACGGUCGACCGCCAGGACGCGCGCCUGCCCGCAUGGCAGCUUCUACGCAUCGCGGCCGCCGCGGAGCGCGCGCACCAACGCGUUACAAUGGCCCAGCUGUGCAAGCUCGCGCGUGGCCUGCGCGUCUCGGGCCUCGGCGAGGUUGACGGGGCGAAGGGCAAGGGGCGAGGCCGAGGCCGGGGACGCGGGGGAGCGCCGAAGGAGAGGGAGAAUGUGGACGUGCAGGAGGCCGCGGGGGGCAAGGUCGAGCUGUCGGAAGAGCACACGGAGGCCCUGUGCGUGCGCCUGCUCGUCGACGGCUUCUUCGAGAUGUCGUUCGCGCCGACCACGUACUCUGUGAACGUGUAUCUCAAGCCCUCCGACACGGCUGCGCGCUUCACGCGGUUCAGCCGCGCAGAGAUCGAGCAGGGCAAGGGGCCUGCGUUCGAGUGUGCGUUCUCCAAGAAGGUGCCGAAGCGCAGGGCUGCGAAGAAAGACAGCCAGGCCGCGAAGACGGACGCCACGCCACGCACUACCAAGGCGGCCUCGGGGAGCAGCAGCAACGCGCGGGGGAAGAGGAAGCGCGAGGUGAGCGAGAGCCUUGGAGAGGAAGAUGAGGACGACGAAGACGAGGAGGACGGCGACAUCGAUGAUGACCCAAUGGUCAAGCGGUUCAUCGCCGCCGACUCCGAUGUCGAGGAUUCCGAUGAGGCCGACAUGGAGUGGAGCACCACGCUACGGGAUGGCAAGCGUGCCGCGCCAGCGCCAGCCGCGCGAACCAUCUCGAAGCGACCGCGCAAGAGCCAAGUCAAGGAAGCGUCGAGCUCGAGCAGGACGCCGCCGUGGGGCGACGUGAUAGAGUUGUCGUCAGACUAGCGUUUCGGACCUGGUUGUAUCGGUGGACAGAGCUGUAGCAUAGCAUUGCGAUCAUAGUGUAUCCUAAU